UCCCUAUCUUCACUCUCCCUUUCCUUUUUUUAAUGGCUAUGGCUGCGUCUCUCUCCCUCCCGCCUCCCCAGUCGCUUCUCCUUCCUCGCCGCCCCACUCCACCUUCCCGCCUUCGUCCCAUCCCGAUAAAACCGCUCCACACAUCCACCAUCUGCUCCUCCUCCGCUUCGUCUCCUAGCGUUUCCGAGGAAGAAGAAGAGGCCUCCCCCGCUCUCCCUCCUUCCCCACCGGAUGGGGUCUCCUCUGCCGAAGCCCAAUCGGCCGUGGACGCCACGGAGGCCCUUCAAUUCAGGGGGUGUAAGACCUGUGGAAGAGAGGAGAUUGAGAAGGGUUGCAAUGGUGAUGGGAGGAUUCAAGGUGGCAUAGCUACUGUCCCUGGUUUCGGUUGGUGGCCUAUAAAGGCCUUCAGACCUUGCCCUGGAUUUGUGGCAUCUGGUGGGAGAUAUAGGCGGCGUGGACAGAGCAUGGAUGAGGUUGCAUUCGGGAAGGGAGAAAGAGAUGUGCCCACAGAAAGCGUACCUAAGGCUAAAUCAAGUAAAAGAAGGCAAGGCCCGAAGAGAUUAAAGGGGUGAUAGCAGAGUAAGUGCUGUUCCAAAGCACUGAAGAAUAUACACAUGUUUUCUGAUCAUUUGUAAGCGGACAGUGAGUAAUAGCUUUAUUUCUUUCAUUAUGUCUCUGAGCUUAUUGCAGACAAAUAGAUCAAACGGCUGAGCGAAGAAACAGUACCAUCCUGACUUUAGUCGCAAGCCACCAAUUAUACUGUAUUUUAUAUUAUUUAUUGAUUCUAUUUUCUCAUGCCGAUGAGUUUGAGUUAGGGGUGCUCUCAGCAUGAGUCUUGCUGCACUUGUUAUUCAGGAGUGUAACAUCAUAGUUUUUCGUUUUUCUUUUCCU